GACGAGCGCUGCCGAGCGGUCGGAAGCAGCCAGUACCGUGACGACCAGUUCCCGAGGAAAAACGGAGAAAUCGCCUCCGCGAGGUCCCACAUGAAUAACCCGGGAGCUGAAAAAUGGCGCCCGAUGGCCAUCUCGAACCCGUCGACUCGGCUGCGCAUGGCCAGGUCCAUGCCCCACUGGGUACUGGUGCAACAACAGAAGGAAGCGGAGCAGAAGCAACGCCGACCACCGACCCCACCGAAAGUGCCGCCACCAUCGCUCUCCGGAGACUGUGGUGACCCAGACUACGAGAUCAUCGAAUUUCCGACCCGACCGCAAGCACAGAAGUCCUCGACACCGGGCUCGAACGCGUACAAGUGCACCCUCUGCGGCACCGAGAACGUGUUCGCCCGUUGCGACACGUGCAACGGGAAUUAUUGCGAGGCCUGCGACGACACGAACCACAAGCACCCGAAGAGAAAGAACCACGUACGAAGAAGAAUCCUGACGGAGUUAACGACAAAAUCCCGACCACCCCUGCCGCCGAAGGGAGAAAACCUCUCGAGCCCACCGCCCAUCCCGCCCCCAAGGCGGAACCGCAAGAACGCUCAGGCUAAAUCGACGCAAAGCCAGGGACCCACGAAUCUUUCCUUGAUCGAGAGGGUCGGCAGCUUGAAGCGGGCCCUUCCGAACACGACCAGGCCACUGUCAGCCACGCUAGACGCGAAAACUGUGUCAAAAUCCAUGCAGUCCGUGAAUACCACCGCCACCGAUGCCACGGGACCUGGGUCUAGCCUCUCAGGCACUGACAAAAUGUCCACGCUUCAGGAGAGGUACAGGAAAUAUCAGGAAGCUAUGAGAGCGCAGGAUGCGAACAGGAGGAGGCAUACUACAUCGGAUAUUUCGAGAGACCCAUUGAAUGCUAGGCCGCUGAGUAUAGGCAGCCCGAAGCUGACGCCACCGGUACCACCCCCGCCCCCGCCUAGAUCUAUGAUGCAGUCGGCCAGCGUUUGCGAUUUAUCGUCGCCACACAUGUGGAAUCCCGGAAUGCAUCAGGCUCAAUCGAUGGCUCAUCUAGGUCCAGGAGGUAUGCCCAUAAUGUGGUACCCACCUAAUUCUCCGUGGGACAUGGCCAUGGGUGGUUCCACGAUGAGUCUCAACCACCCAGCAAUGUGGGGCUACCCUCCCAUGGGAUACCCUCCGUCGCAGAUGCUCCCGCCACACUAUCCAGGCUCGCUAUCUAGGCCACACAGUCCGGCCAGAAGCGUGAAAUCGAGCAGGAGAUCAAGAGCACCCUCGCCAUCGCCUAGUCUGAAGUCCAGGAAAUCAUUAGCCUCUAGAUCACGAUCGAGAAGAUCGCAAGGUUCGCCUUCCGAUGCCAGCUCUGAGGACUCUGGAGAAUCAGAUUUCGAUGACAGGCUGUCUAGAAGCUCUAGACGCGGCAGCGUGUCCAGGAGUGCCAGGCAAAGGAGCUAUCACGAAGACGAUGGCCCUAGAAGCUUGCUGAGCAGAAACCGUCGCGAACGGUUAAUGUCGGAAGAGAGGAUGACCAGCACAGAGGAUCAGUGGUCCGAGGGCCACUCGGUGAAACGGUACCCAGCGCCUCCCAAAGGUUACGACGAUUUCCAGAAAAACACGCUAAACGCGAGAAGAAGAUACGACCAGGACGAACGCAGGCUUUCCAGGCUGGAUUCCCGGCUAGAUCGCGUCCAAAAUGGCAGCUAUCGCCGAAGACGAAGCACCGACGAUGAGUCGUCCGACAGAAGAUCCACCUUGCAAACUCGAUCCAGAGUGACCAGUUCCUCCGACGAUCACUUCGAGAGGUCAGAAGUGCUUCCGCGACGAAGGGACGACGAGAUGGCAAGAAGAGCCUCCUCUGUGAGAAGGGAAACGAGUUUGGACAACCUCGAAAAAUCCUCUCGCAGAGAUUCUCGAAAAUCCUCCGUAGACAGCGACACUCAGACGAGCAGAAAAACUCCUUCCAGAGACGUGGUCUCUGGCAGAAGUGAGGAGAGGAUCGACGAUACGCGACCCGUUAGAGACGACGUGAACGACGCGAACGCACGUGCUACCACGAAGAACAUACGAAGUCGCGAGUCCUCGCGUGAUCGGGAAUCAGUCUCGAGGAGGGACUCCUUGACGAGGAGAGAAGCUUCGUCCGAAGAAACGGAGAGGUCCAGCGUGAGACGAAUGUCUUCUCGCGAUUCUCCUAGCCAGGUUACGAGAAAAACUCCGUCUCGCGAGACAGUUUCCAAGAAAACCCUUGAAAGUGACGAUCGAGAUGUGUCGCGACCCGCGAGCAAGAGUCAAGAGGAGACUCGAGAAGCCAGACGUCCUAUCGAGAACGAGAAACGAGUGGAAGAAGCUCCAGCAAGGAAUGCGGAGAACGAACGAAUUAAACGUCUAGAGAGACUGCCACCGGUCGGAAGAAAAGAGGAAGAGAAGCGUGGCUCGACCAACGCGGGUCAACAAAAGUCGUCGAAAGAUGCGAGCGAGUCGGGUAUCAAGAUGGAGAUUCCAAAAGAGGAAUGGGCCUGCGAGCAUUGCACUUUUAUAAAUGACAUAAAGGAUCGUGUCUGCGUGGUAUGUUGCAAAACGAAGAGCAGUGCGCUGCCACCGAGCAACGAAGAGAACGCUGAGGACGUUGCGAGUAGUUCGAGCGAGAUGGUCAAGAGAGAGUCAACGACGACAUCAGGCAGUGUUACCAACCCUAGCCCAGAUCUCGAGAAACGGGCCAGCCUGUUAAAGAUUUCGAACAGCGAAGAGAGCGGGGACAGUGGUUCCACAAAGAACAAAGAUACCACGACACACGAAGAGAACUCGACGACCUCGACUGCAGUGGUCGCUGAGAGAUCGCACGCUGAACCUCCGUCAGCGACAAAGAAUAUAACGACGUCGAUAACCAAUGGUGUAUCAGAGGCGAGAAACAGUACAAGUACUGCAAACACCGUCGCUCCUUCGAAAGUAAACGAGGAAGAUGCGACGAAGCGACCCAUGCUCGGGAAAAUUCCGAAAAGCCAUUCAGUUUCCACCGGAACCUCUCCUCCUCCUCAAAGCAUUUCUACUCAAACCUACGACUACGUUCCAGCUAGAGGAAGCGCAGGAUUCGUAAGAGCUGCAUCCGCCUCAAAGGGAUUAUUGUAUUAUGAGGACAGCGACGCAGAGGAUGCCGAGCGUUUGUUUCAGGAACAAACCAGGUUCACGAGCAGCCCAGACCUGUACCCGCGAACGAUCCAGGAGCAGUAUCUUCAGCAGCUGAUCAACGGGUCUAGCAGGGAUCGUACGCGACGAAACUCCACCGACUCCACCCACCUUUAUUACCGUUCCAGGGAAUCGAGCCAGCCCAGAUUCAUCGAGACCGGUGCUAGCUCGCAGGGAGUGUCAACGUUGACGAGACAGGGCUUGGAAAUUGUGGAGCUGCUGAGAGAGGCUGAAAAACACGGUUAUUCCACCGAUGACGUACAAGUGGCUUUGUCGCAGGGUGCCAGCAACCCCAUAGACUGGUUGAAGACGCAGUGGCCCCAUUUGGUGGAAACUGUGCAAGUCCUAGUUACCACUCAGGGAAAAGAGCUGAAGGAGAACAGUAUCGGGGUGCUUUCUGCCGUGGAAGCGAAGGAGGCCUUGAGAGCAACGAAGGGGGAUGUUUGGAACGCUGUCGCGAUGGCUAUUCAGCGUAGACAGCUAAAGUGCGAGGAAAUCAUGAAGAAAGGCAACUUCGCGAUGGCGGAAGUGGUGAAAGCGCUGGAAAAUAACACCGGCGCCGAGGACGCGGCUUUGUUCGAGCUGCAAAAGAAUCAGCUCAAGCCGUUCUUAAUGAGGAUCUGGGGUCCUCCGGUUGGGGUGGAAAAUGACGAGGCUGCACCGCGGGAAGAUGCGGCAGGUGCGGUCGGUGGUGAAACGGGUGGUUCCGAACAGGUUAUCAACGUGUCGGACUCGGAAGCCAGGAAGCAGGUAAUGUCACCAAUCGUUGAAAAUUUCGUCGCGUUGCAGGCCGACUUUCAAAAGCAACUGGCAGCCCUCAGACAACUGACCGAUAACUGGCAACAUGACAAAGACCCCCUGAACACGCUCGGUAAUAAGCCUGAUAAUCUGUAUCAAGUUAACACUGACGAUCGAACCGUUCUAAUCGAUAAAAAUCUGGUCCCAAGGGCCGUACAAGACCUCGAUGUAGCCAACACUGUUAAAACACUGGAGAACGAGGAACCGAAUCGAACCAUCGAAGAUGAAACGAAAUCGUUAAUCGCUAACACUACCGACACGCCUGUCGUAACCGAGAAACCAGACCAAGACGCUAAUCCCACUCUGAAACUAAUCGAAAAUUCGCAGAUAUCGAACCAGAAUCUAAAUAACGCAACAGUGACAAACAUUUCAGCCAUCGACGAGAAUAAACAAAUUCGAUGGAACGAGAUUGAAUCGGAAACGUCUGAUAAGACCGUCUCACCUACUGCAACAACAGACCACGGCCCGAACGUCAGUCCUAUGAUAAAUCUAGCCGAGAAAGUGGCUCCGAGCCGGCCAGAAAAUUCUUCAAACGAGAGUCGAAUCGCUCAAACAGAGGUGAUUUCGGUCUCCGAUAAAGACAGGAGAGAAAAGCGAGACGCGGAGGAUUUAAGUAAUGAAGGAACCGGUAUCUCGUCUUCCAGUGUUGAGAAAGCGUCAUCCCAUAGAAUAGAACCAGAAACGAACGAUGUAAGCAGAUCGAAAGAGAAUAUAAAGCAAACGGCGAAGAUGAGUUUAGAAGUAGCCGAGGCAAAGGACGAGGGAGCAGCUGGCUCGCGCAGCGAAGAAAACGAAACGACGUCCCAAAAGAGCCGGGAUCCCGGGCAAAGCAGCGUAGAGGUAGAUAAAGCUUCCUCGUCGCGCACGGAGAAAAACGGAACGCCGUCCCAAAAGGCUUCUGAUCCUCAUCAAAGGCCGGUGCAAGUAGAUAAAGAUUCCCCUUUAGUCGAAAGCCCGAGUAUCCCUUUGCGAUCUAACGUAUUGGACCACAGUUUACCGCAAAGUGUAUCAGGGAUGUCCGACGAAUUGACUCAAGGUCCACGGCAAACCGGUGGAAUCGAACGACCCGAGUUAAUAAACCAGAAAGUGGAACAAGGCGAAGAGUCGCGUCAGAGGCCAACUGCUGCAGAAUUAAUUAACACGCUGGAAAAUUCAUCUGUUACCCAGGAUAUCGUGGUUCCAGAGGAUACCGACGAGGGCAAAGGAAGAAAAGAAACGGGACCAUGCGUGAAAUUAAGUCCUCCAGAGAGAGCUACGAAGGAGGAAUCGGCAAACGUUAUCGAGGCAUCGCCAUCGCCGAUAAUUCCGAGCGAAACCGAUUCGAAGGAUCGAAAUUUCGAAAACGUAACGACGGAAGCUCCGAAGAAAGGCAACGAGACGCAAGUAGCCACGAUGGAGGCACUGCUAUCUGCCGUGAAAUCGUUGCCGGAACAAUUGCUGGGUCCUUUCAUGUCGGCAAUGCAGAUGCUGUCGUCGAAGAAGUCGAAUAGCGACGUUGAUCGGCUGAACGUCAUCAACGCCGUGGCCAAGGAACAGAAUUCUCUGCCUCUUGGAGCCUCCGACGAGACCGGGUCCGGUACAAAUGAGAAUGCACCACCGGGAAGCGUCGAAAAUGGCGGGACGCUCGUACCGGAAGCUGCGGAAACCGGAACGGCCGCGGCAGACAUCAAAACGCUGCAAGAGCUCGAAACGGUACGUAAAAACGAAAAGAACGAUAGCGUUAGGGGAAGCUUGGUAGAAGGGGGGACAAUGGAGAGAAAAUUGAACGGGAGUCCGGUCCCGGAAGUCGCAGGGUCAACGUUGCAGAGCGGCGAGAGAACAGAGACAGCGGUGGCAGAAGUAAGUUCUGAAAAAUGUUCCGCGGAAGUCGCAGCUGACGAUACUAACUGUAAUGAAAGAGCAUCCGAUUUCGAACAGUCACGACGCACAAUCGGUGAAGCUUCAGACGUCGAUUCGAAGACAUCGUCGUUAGAAAUCGAUUCAUCCGAUCGUAAUCACCCCGCGGCGAAUACCGAAAUUCAUACACUCAACGACCCAUCCGUCCAUGAACGAUCAUCAUCAAAGGAAGCAGGCAACUCUUCCGUGAACGACAUCAAAGAUUCUCCACCUAACAAAGCAUCUUUGAACGACGAAUCGCUCGCUCGCGAUAGCCCGGUGAGAUCCAACGAGACCAUGGGCGCACAAUCAUUAUCGAACGAGACGUCAUCCUCGUUGAUACGUGACUCGGGAACGUCUAUCCGUGAAUCAUCCUACAUGCAAAUCAGCUCGUCUACGACCGGGACUGGAGCCAGCGACGAUAACCGUGUGAAAUUAAUUGAUGCUAGUUUGCUACCUGACAAUGGACGUUCUGCGGAGAAUGCGGCCAUUUUGGAUAGCAAAUCGCGCGAUAAUAAUCUCGCUGAGUCGCUCGUGACCCAGUCCCUAGCUUCCGAGUUUCGUAACCUUCGGGAAAAUUGCAAUCUUGUAAAUUCUAACGACUCCGCGGUCGAAGCUUUGGAAAAUUCCCAAUUCGAUCCGCAGAAAAUUUCUGAGGGUUCGUAUAAUCCUGUCAGAGACGUUCGCGAGGGUUCUAAUAAGGCUAGCCACGCGGUUUCACCCGAGAGAAAAAUCUCAGAAGACUCCGAGCUUGCUCGAGACGAAGUUUCUAAAGCUACUGGUGGAUCCGCUAUUCGAGAUUCUUCGACAGAGCCUGAAAUAGCUCAGGAAAUUUCUGUGGAUCCACGGAUCGUUGUAACCCCCACGGAUUCCAAAAUCAAUGAAAUUUCCACGAGUCCCGAAUACGCGAUUCCCGAAAUUUCCAUCGAUCACGAUAUAAUCGCGUAUGAAGCAUUGGAAAGCUCUGAAACUUCUAUUCUAGAAGUUCCCGAGAGUUUUAAGGACGUUCCCGAUAUUCCGGCAGACUGCGGAGCUAUAGUCUCUGAAAUUUCAGGCGAUUCUAAGUCCGUUCCGAGCGAAAUAUCCGAAGCUUCCAAUAUUCUUGCUCAAAAGACUUCGGCAGAUCUUAAAACCGUCGAUCGCGAAGCUUUCUCGGAUUCCAAAAUCGUUAUCCCCGAAGCUUCAGAGGAUUCCAAAGCUAUUCCACGUGUCGUUCCCGUGGAACCCGAUACUAAUAUUCGCGGAUUACUCGAAGAGUCCAAGAUGCCAGAGAUUUCUAACAAACCCGCCACGAUUGCCCGCGAAAGUUCCAAAAAUGCCUUGCAUAUGUCUGAAAAAGUAGAGCAGCCUAUCUCUGUCUUAUGUCACAUUCCCCGGAACGAGGAAAUCGAUACUUCGGCGAUAACUCCUGCGAGUAUGUUUGUCGAUUCGAUAAAAGCUCCGGAGCAAAUUAAUAUUCGAUCUGAACCGGAGAAGGAGUCCGAAACAACGAUCGAUGUAACGAAAAACGUGUCUCUGACGGAAAUAAAAGACGACACGCCUCUAAUAGCCGCACCGAACGAUCCGAAUAAAUCGGUAGAAGCAACCGAUUCGAGGAAGGAUUCGGAGACGGGAAAGAACGACGAAGGCAUUUCAUCCGUGCCUUCGACCCCGAUAUCGAGCAACCUCGACGCAAAUAAAGCUUCUGAAGCACUCGCGAAUACCGAAUCGGCAAUUGUAACUAUCUCGAGUGACCCUCGUAUUUCCGGUCCCUCGUUCGACUCGCAUACUUUGAACACCGAAUCCGCCGUUAACAAGCUAAAUUCUCAGGAUACUAACGGCAUUCCGGGGAGUCUCGUUGCUCCUAAUAACGUUGCCGAUAUGUCGCAUAAUGCAUCAAACUCGAGCGAAGAAAGUAGCGCCGAAUCGAAUCUGACCAGCACGAAUCCCGAAACUUAUUUCGUCGCUGACGUGCCUGGAAACCUGAACGAAUCUUCCGCUGCGAUUUCCUGCCACCACGAAACUAUCCCGAUGGAUUCGAACAAUAACGCGCCCCGUUUAGAGCCCGCUGUCACCAUUGAUAUCCAAGAGAAUGAAAACACGACGGAAAACGCUGCAUUAUUCGCUCCUUCUGACCCAUCGUCGAUUAAACGUCUCUCCGUGAACGUAUCCAAAGUGAUCGACUCGAGUAUCGAUCAUAAGAGCCAAGAAAUCGCUUGUCCCAUCCCAGACGCUGUCAACGAUGUCCCACCGGGUGUGCCAGAAAUUAUAGAGAUUAAAAUCACCGAAUCACCCAUGAUAGCGGUGAACGAUUGUGCGCCAAUAAAGGUCCUAGAAAGCCUAUCCGAGAAGGAAGCGAAACCGAUGGAGAACGUGGAAUCGGUAAAGUUGCAAACAGAAAGCGCGAGCGUAACGCGCGAGAUCGUGACGAUUUCGGGAGAAAGCGCGGUGGACGUCGAAAAUAAUGAAGUAGAUGCAAAUGAAGCUGAUAAGAUGGUUACGAGUAAGGAGAGAUCCAAAUCUCCUGCCAAAAAGGUCGGCAGAAGGAGGUCUCCCGUGAAAGUUGUCAAAAAGCCUACCGGCAUACCGAGAAGGAAUUUUGGAAAAGUCAGCCCGAGGGGCUCGUCGAUAGCAAAGGCGAAGGAAGUGGCGGCUGAAAUAACUCGCAGAUCGUUCCUCGCUAGUCAAACUUCGAGAAAGAGCCCGGUGAAAACGGUAACGAAAAUCGCGAAGAACGUCUCGACGAAUGGCACGGUGAACAAGACGAAACCUUUGAUCAGCGUGAAGCAGAAGCAAAUUUCGAAGAAUUCUAAACCGACUGGGACGAAGGCGGUCUCCGAGAAGAGGACGAUUUUCAGCACGCUGUCAAAAGGCUGCGAGCAGAUCAGGAAAUCAAUUAUACCUACCCUGGCGAGCGAGAGAAGUCGCGAAAAGGUGGCUGAAAAAUGUGAAAAAGGGAACACCGUGACGAAGAAACCUUCGUUCCUUUCGAGGAUCCCCGUGUUCACGGCGAGACGACGAUUCUCUCAACAGGCACCUAAAAGUUCGCAGCAAUCUUCCAAAGCAACAUCCGGUGACGGGUUAACUAGCACCUCGGCGAGACCAUCGAUUACCCAACAGGCAGCGGGAAAAAGCAGCUCGACCGGAAAUGCCGCGAAGAUUGGCGCAGGGCAAAAAGUCCAGUCGGAUAAAGUCGACAGAAAUUUAAAUGGCAGAAAGAGCGUGAUUGUAAAAACCGAAGUUCCACGAUCGGGGAGUUCCGGGUGCAAGAGAAACACGAACGAGAAAACGAGAACUGUAUCGAGGAAAAAUGACGGCGAAGCAGACGUGGUCGAGUCCAAGAGAGAUCCACUGGUAUUCGAGGAAUUGGAUUUAAACGAUACGACUUCCAGCGAGGAGUACGAGGAGGAAGUUACGGAUAACGAUACAUCCACUUCCGACUUGGAGAGCGCCACGGAGUCUGAGAUAUCGAGCUCGGAGAAGCAGCUCUCGGAUCGUACCUUGGACAGCAUGGAGGAGCUAACCGAUGCCGAGAUUAUGCUGCAAGAAACGAUUAACGCGAUAAAGGCGAAGAUAUCCGAAUCCGAGUACGAGGAUUCGGAGGAUGAAUACGUUACUGACAACGAGAGCCAAGAAGACACGAACUCGGAUGAAACACGCGUGGAUGAGAGAGACGCUUCGUUGAAGGAUGAAAACUUGGUUGACAGAGAUUUGAGAGACACGACGUCCGAAGAAGACGAAACUCUGAGAGACGAUAACGUUGAUCUGAAAGACCAACAAAGGGACCAAUCAACGACCGAGGACAUGUCCAAGAAUGGUACCAUUUCUGACGCUUAUUCCAACGAGAGACCUGUCAAACGAUUGCCAUCGGUACCAUCAAAGAACGGUAUAGGCGCGUUUAGAGAUAAGUCUAACAAAUCGAAAGGUAAACUCGAAACGAACGAUAAUUCCGCGAGGAAAGAUGAGAACAGGACAGAUACUAAGACCGAGACAGCGAAAGCUAGACGCACGAGCGACAAACGAACGAAAGCGAGUCGCAGAGCGAGCACGGGCUGUGACAGAGGGGUAGAUCAGGGAGUAACGUCAAAGAAACGAUUCUCCUUGGUGGCCAGUUGUAUCCGUCGGUUCGAGGGUGAAGAAAAAACUGAACGGGAAUACGUGGAUAGUAGGAGCGGCAACUCGAAGACAGGGGUAUCUCCCAAAACGGAGAGGGAGAGAAUUGCUCGUCGUCUCUUGGCAGAAGGUAAAGCAUCGAAUUACGACGAAGCGGAAGUGGCCGCGAGUCUGCUGGCCCUAAAGUUCGGGGAUGUCGAGGCUCUUCACGCUGCCAAAGAGUGUUCCAGCGUGGAAUCGGCGUUGGCUUUCUUGCAGCAGGGAUGCGAACUCUGCACCGGUCGUUUUGCGAUGAGCCAGAUAGUGUCCAUGUUGAAAUGCGUGCACCGGUGCUGCAACGAUUGCGCGAAGAAUUACUUCACCAUCCAGAUCAGCGACAGGAAUAUCACCGAUGCAGUUUGUCCAUUUUGCAAAGAGCCAAAUCUAAAGGAUGCCAACGAGGACGAGGUUCUGGAAUAUUUCAGCAACCUGGACAUACAACUGAAGACACUUCUGGACCCCCCGAUUCACGAGCUGUUUCAAAGGAAGCUGCGAGAUAGGACGUUGAUGCAAGAUCCAAAUUUUAAGUGGUGUAUUCAGUGUUCGAGCGGAUUUUACGCGGAUCCAGAUCAGAAAAGAUUAAUCUGCCCCGACUGUCGGUCGGUGACGUGUGCCCAGUGUCGAAGACCGUGGGAGAAACAGCACGAAGGAAUUACGUGCGAGCAAUUUGCUGCUUGGAAAGACGAGAAUGACCCGGAUAAUCAGGCCGCUGGCUUAGCCAAGCAUCUCGCUGAUAACGGGAUAGAUUGUCCUAAAUGCAAAUUUCGUUACUCCUUGUCCAGAGGAGGUUGUAUGCAUUUCACUUGCAGUCAGUGCAAGUACGAGUUUUGUUGCGGUUGCGGCAAAGCGUUCAUGAUGGGUGCAAAAUGUUUGGUCAGCCCCUAUUGCGCGAAGCUGGGCCUGCACGCUCAUCAUCCGCGAAACUGUCUGUUUUAUCUACGCGAUAAGGAGCCCGCGCAGUUGCAGCAGCUGUUAAAAGAUAAUGGAAUCGACUACGACACACAGGGUCCGGCCGGCGAGCGCAAGUGCAAAGUGCAGUUGCAGAAAGAAACUCCCACCGGUGUUGUGGACGCAGUGUGCAAUUCGGAUGUCAUUGAGGGACACGCUGGUUUGUGCAGGAUCCACUAUAUCGAGUACCUAGUUCGAAAAAUUCGGAAGACCCAGCUGGAACCACUUCCGUUGCUAAAUGUAGACGAUCUCGAGACUUGCGUGAGACGUGCAGGGGUGAAGUUGCCCCCGAAUUGGCAGCACUACAUUGAGUACUUGGCGGGUCUGAUACUGAAGGACAAGCUGGAUCCCGUGGCGAUCUUUGACUUGAACGACGCCAAGCAAGAGCUGCGCCGUCGGGGAAAAGUUCCCCCUGCGAAGGACCAGGAAAUGUCCGAGCGGGAUUAUCUCGAGGCGUGCAUUCAGGUUGUACGGAAGGAGAUUCCACUGGAGUAAUAGAAGGAGAAUAAUUAAUGUGCGACUUUAUGUGACUCACGUUUUUGAUGCAUCAUGUAUAGUGUAUUUAUUUUAUUAUGUGGACAGCGAUGUAGAGAACAAUUUACGAUUAAAGUAAACGAAGAUUGAAUGUUGUUUAGUAUUUAAUGUACAAAAAUAAUCAGUCUUUUAGAAUUAGA